AUGGGGAAAAAACUGGAUCUUUCCACGCUCACGGAUGAAGAGGCCAAGCACGUCUGGGAAGUGGUUCAACGGGACUUUGACCUUCGAAGGAAAGAAGAGGAGAGACUAGAGGGUUUGAAAGGCAAGAUUAAGAAGGAAAACUCCAAGAGGGAGCUGCUUUCCGACACGGCCCACCUGAGCAACACCCACUGCGCCCGCUGCGUGCAGCCCUACCAGCUCCUCAAGACCCCCAAGAGGCAAUGCCUGGACUGCGGCCUUUUCACCUGCAAAGGCUGCGGCCACACCCCGGAGGAGCAGGGCUGGCUCUGCGACCCCUGCCACCUGGCCAGGCUAGUGAAGAGGGGCUCCCUGGAGUGGUACUACAGGCACGUGAGAGCCCGCUUCCAGCGCUCCGGGGGCGCCCAGGUAGCGCGGUCCCUCUGCGGGCGGCUGCAGGGAGCAGGUUUACCUGACUGAGUGCAGAGCUCACCUGACGUCCACAGUGGGCCUGAGCCAGGCCCCGGAGGGAAAAGUGGAGACGGUGAGCACACGGAUGAGGACAGAGAACAGGACACAGGGGCCCAGGCCCAGCCCGUUGGAAGCAAAAAAAAGCGCGUCCUCCCCGUUCACGGCUUGGACUUCGAGGCAGACUCUGACGACUCCACUCUGUCCUGCGGGCAGCCCCCAAGCCUGUCCUUGGUCUCCAUGGCCGCGGACAACCCGCAGGCCCUCACAGAUGAGCCCUGCACAGAGGAGACCACCUCCCAGGAGCCCGUGGUCCUGGAUGAGGCUGAUGCCAGGGCCUCUGGGUGCCACCCCUGUCCAGAAGGGCAGAUGGCCAGCCUCUCGCCUGCCGGACCAGACGCCCUCGCUAAGCUCUGCCUGCCGGGAGAGUCUUGCACGACGGCCCUGGGGGCCACUGCGACACCUGGAACAAAUGUCCUCUGGAAUGAGCAGCUCCCGUCCCACUAUCUGGCCGACGUGGACACCUCAGAUGAAGAAAGCAUCUGGGCUCAGAGGGUGGCCUCUCACCAUCCCAGACGGAGAGGCCAGACAUUGUCUGAGAAGCAGUGUCCAGUUGGCAGCAAGCCCACAGGCGCCGACAUGGAAGAGGCGGCCCUAAAGAGAAGACUGGAGGCCUUGAUCAGCCGCAGCGGUGACCAGCAGGCCUCAUCGGAGGAGGAGGGCAAGGACGGAGGGGCGGAGCAGGGCAGCAGCGCCCCCAUCGAGGACCCCCCCGGGGCCGCCCCGGAGGUGUGCACAGCUGCAGGCCAAACGCCCAGCUCGGGGAAGAGGCCCCGGGACCCCCAGGACCCCGUGCAGCCCAGCAGGACCACAGACGAGGAGCUGUCGCAGCUGGAGGACAGAGUGGCCGCCACAGCCUCUCAGGUGCAGCGGGCAGAGAGCGAGGUUUCAGAUAUCGAGUACAGGAUUGCAGCCUUGCAGGCUGCAGGGCUCACUGUGAGGACCUCGGCAAAGCCCCGGAAGAAAUCCAGCCUCCCGAUAUUUCUUCCCCAGCUUGUUGGGAAGUUUGGCCAGAGUCCUAAGGAUCCGAAUGCAGACCCUUCGGGUGAGGUCAAGGUGGUGGCUGCACCCUAUCUUGUGAGGAGAAAGCUCAGUGAUUACCCCAGAAGUCAAGACAAAGAUGAUGACUCCUUCGAUCGGAAAUCCGUGUCCCGCGGAUCCCUGACACAGAGAAACCCCAGUGGCAGGAAGGGAACCGCCAACCACAGCAUUGCGAAACCCGUGAUGACCCACCAGCCCUUAAAUGGGAGGUUCGUCUGA